UGUCAAUAGCCGAGGUCGGGGCGGGCUUAUAGGUCGCUGUUUUACCGUCAGCUCCCUUUAGGAUUUCCGAAGGAAAAGGACCCUGAGUUAUGGCAAUUUGCGCUGCGAUCGUGGGCAAAGACAAUUCGCCCAAAUUUUUUACUUGCGUGAAUCCCGAGGAAGAGUUAAGUCUUCAAUACAAGGUGUUGUCGUCUUUGGAUAUUAUCGAAGAAAAGUUGAAUCCGACAAACAAAACUGCUACAGAAUCCAAAGAAUUAUACCUGGGCAUGUUGUAUUCCUUAGAAAAUUAUAAGCUGUAUGGUUACGUAACAAAUACGAAAAUUAAGUUUGUUAUAGUGGUGGACUCUUCGAAUUUGGCGCUAAGAGAUAAUGAAAUCAGAACUAUGUUCCGCAAAAUUCAUUGCGAAUACGCCGACGUUGUUAGCAAUCCAUUCUAUACUCCAGGAUCGGCAAUUACUUCAAAGAAUUUCGACGCAAGCAUAAAGAAUAUUAUAACUGGCACAGUAUAAAUCAAAACAGUUCUUAUAACUUACUAUUUAUUAAUAAAAUCAGCAAAAUUAAGAAGACGGACUCGCAAAAUAUAUUUCCUAUGACCAGAUAGACAGGGCGCCAGAAGAAAAGGCCAGAGGAAUCACCAUAAACGCGUGCCAUGUCGGUUACAGCACAAAAAAUAGACAUUACGCGCAUACUGAUUGCCCCGG